UUAACAUCUAAUUUUUGACUAUUGAGUGUGAAUUCAUAUUGAGAUUGAGCGAUUGAGAAAUAGCAGUAUGAUGUUGUGGUAAGCUGCAACCCCUAUUUUAACAAAAUCAAACGCUCCAUACAAUUGCUAUAUGUUCUAUAGGCACUUUAAUUUGUCGAGUCAUAUUUCUCUAGGUAGGGAUGAACUACUGUCAACAUUUACUCAUGAGCUCACUAUGGGUAUUGGUGAUCAUGUUAGCUGUACUAGAAAAUGGAUGCAAUGGGUGUUUGGAAAAAGAAAGAAUCGCUCUCUUGCAACUCAAAGACUCCAUCAAUUUCCCAAACCGCAUUGAUCGGUUGCCAUCUUGGGAGGAAGACGAUAACAUGGAUUGUUGCCAAUGGGAACAUGUUGAGUGUAAUUCCACUACUCGUCGAGUUAUCAAACUUGAACUUGGUGACACAAGAGAGCGGAGGAGAGAUGAUUAUUGGCAUCUAAAUGUCUCUAUUCUUCUCCCUUUUGAAUCACUCCGAAGCCUAAACUUGUCUUGGAACCGAUUGCUUAGUUUCGUCGGGAAUGAAGGUAUUGGAAUUUUGCCAAAUUGGAGUAAUUUGGAGGAGCUUGACCUUAGCUAUAAUUAUUUUGAUAAUAGCAUUCUACCAUCUUUGAAUAAGCUUUCAAACUUGAAGUCUCUACGUUUGGCUUGGAAUGCCUUGAAUGGUUCAAUCUAUGUCGAAGAAUUCAAUGGUUUGAACAACUUGAAGGAGCUAGACUUGAGGGGAAAUGCGAUUUUCAGUAUCAGUGCUCUCAACGGUAUUGGAAUUUUGUCAAAUUUGACUAAUUUGGAGGAGCUUGAUCUUAGCUGGAAUAAUCUUGGAAAUGGCAUUCUACCGUCUUUGAAUAAGCUAUCAAACCUGAAGUUUCUAUGUCUGGCUUGGAACAAUUUGAAUGGGUCAAUUUACGUCAAAGAAUUUGAAGGUUUGAACAACUUGAAGGAGCUAGACUUGAGCCGAAAUGCGAUUGUCAGUAUCAGUGCUCUGAACGGUUCGCAAGAAGAAUUAGGAAUAUUGAAAAAGUUAGAAUUUCUUGAUCUGAGUGAUAAUGACUUGGAUAAUAGUGUGUGGUCAUUUUUCGGAGGGCUUUCAUCAAUCAAGACACUGAAUUUGAGUUUGAAUAAAGGCUUGCACGGAGCUGUUCACAAUAAAGACUUGAAAAACCUCAACAACAUUGAAAAUUUGAUCAUGGAUAAUGUUCUACUCGACGACGUUCUUCCGUACAUUAGAGUCAUGACUUCACUUCAAGUCUUGUCCUUAACAUCUUGUGACAGCAAGCAUAUUUCUUCAAUCGAAGGGCUAUGCGAGUUGAAGAAGCUCCGAGAGCUUGACGUCGCACGGAGUAGAUUCGGGGGCACCUUGCCAUGGUGCCUGGCGAACUUGACAUCACUUCGACUACUCGAUAUCACUUCCAAUCAUUUUACGGGAAACAUUGCACGGUCUCCUCUAAUCAAUCUGACAUCCCUCGAAUACCUUGCAAUUUCAAAUAAUGACUUUGAAGUUCCAAUCUCAUUCAAGUCAUUUUUUAACCAUUCCAAACUCGUGUUCAUUGAGAGCCUAAACAACACGUUGUUGGAAGAGGAGGACUAUCUUGCCACAUCCCCAAGUUUCCAACUAGUCGGACUUUGUUUGUCAAAUUUUGAAGAUGGUCAUAUGACCCGAUCAUUUCCUCGCUUUCUCUUCCAUCAACAUGACCUUAUACUGGUUGAGCUCUCUAGAACUGGUUUUACAGGAAAGUUUCCAUAUUGGUUGUUGGACAACAAUACGAGAAUGGAAACACUUAUCCUAUCAUACAAUUCAUUUGUCGGACCAUUAUUGCUGCCUUUGCGUCAAAUGAGAAAUCUUUUUAGACUGGAUAUCUCUAACAAUCAUCUUGAAGGCUUCCUUCCUUACAAAAUAGCCGGUUCUUUCCCAAGUUUAGAAUUCUUCAACAUGUCUACAAACAACUUUGAAGGCAACAUUCCGUCUUCAUUCGGGGAUAUGACCGCUCUAACAGUGCUAGACUUAUCCAAUAACGGACUAUCUGGAGAAAUACCGGUUCAUUUGGCCAAAGGUUGCCGUCUCUUGAAUUACUUGAGACUAUCAAACAACUUCUUGAAAGGCCCAGUACUACCCCAUGAAAGCAAUCUGACCCUAUUGAAAUUCUUAUAUUGCGAUAAUAAUGGGUUCACUGAAAUUCCGCCUAACUUGUCUGGGAGCUAUUUGAUCUUUCUGGAUGUUAGUGCUAAUGAACUGGCAGGAAAGAUUCCAGCUGGGUUCAUUGGGAAUAAUCCAACAUUAACUUUCCUAGCCAUGGCCGGUAAUCGUCUUGAAGGUCCUAUUCCAAUUGAACUUUGUCGACUCGAACACCUCAAGUUGUUAGAUCUUUCAGAAAAUAAUAUCACUGGAGUUGUACCAUCUUGCUUCAAUUCAUCAUACAUCUAUGUCAUUCGGUUAUCCAAAAAUAGGCUAGAUGGACCUUUUCCAAUGGCCUUUCAAUAUUCUGCUGAUUUAAGGUUAAGGGAGCUUGAUCUCUCUUAUAACCAAUUCAGUGGUACUAUUCCAACCUGGAUAGGCAACCUUUCCUACCUUGAGGUUCUUCUUUUGCAACAUAAUAAUUUUGAAGGCAACAUCCCAAAGGAGUUAUGCAACCUUUCCAGCUUAACCUUGAUUGAUCUUUCUUCCAAUAGUCUCUUUGGCAGCAUUCCCCCUUGUAUUAGUGAAAUCAAAUUCAACGGAGUAAAUGUCGGGGAAAAUGGUUACGAAUUCUCCAUUGAUUCAGCACAAACAUUCACAUUAUUGUUGCAUGAUCUGGGGAUGGUGUUAGCCAAGAGUGAAGAAGAUCGAGAUAGGAAUUUUGAUAUAGGGACUACAGGACAAGAGGCAAAGUUUACAACAAAGGGAGUUUCCUUAAUCUACAGGGGAAUCGUUCUACAGCUUUUCUCUGGAAUCAAUCUCUCCCACAACAGAUUGAUUGGCCCCAUACCUCCUGAAAUCGGAAACCUUAGCCGAAUCAAAGUGUUGAACUUCUCCCACAAUUACUUGACCGGGACAAUCCCUGCCACAUUUUCAUACUUAGAAAGCAUAGAAUGCUUGGAUCUUUCGUACAACCACCUGAAUGGGAAAAUCCCCUCUCAGCUUACAGAGUUAUAUUCCUUGGCUGUUUUCAAUCUGUCCUACAAUAACUUGAGUGGAAAGAUGCCUCCGAGAGUAAAACAAUUCGGAACUUUUGACUCGAAUAGCUACGUUGGAAAUCCACUUCUUUGCGGAGAACCACUGCCAAAGUGCAAUGCAACUGAUUCACCUCCAUCAACGCCAAGAGCAGCUGUCAAUGAUACUAAAGAAGAUUCUGGUUUCUUGGACAUGGAUGUUUUCUACAUGAGCUUUGCAGGGUCUUACGUAACUGUGGUGUUGGCAAUUGUGGCGAUUUUAUUGAUAAAUCCGUAUUGGCGUAGGGCAUGGUUUCAUCUUGUCGAGAUUGCCAUCACCUCUUGCUACUAUUUUGUUGUGGACAAUCUCGUCAAGUGCAGGCAUUGUUUUCAUUGGAAAUAAGUAGCCGUCUCUCUCUCAUCAUGCGGUGUCAGGUGUGGUGUGGUUAAUCUAUUCUAGUACAAAUUUUCGUUUGGAUUUCGGAUUGUUGUUUGUACGGAAUAUAUCUGAAACGUAUGGAAUGCCUUGUAAGUUGUAACUAUCAUUCUGGCUCUGUGAAAAUGUCUAAUAUUAUUGUUUUCGAAUUCUUAUUGGAAUCAUACAGUACUUAUAUUCUACAUGGGAAUUUUUGAAUUUGAACGAA